CUCGGAACACAGUCUGUCUUCGUCCAAAGCAAGAACUUUAUGUCCCAGUUCCUGACCUUGGUAUGUUUUACUCGAUGUGAUUCCUGUUUUGCCUGAAAAGAGAGAAAAUGAUUCGACAAGGUCAAGAUGCUAGGCCUUUCACCCUUGUUGGGAUGACCCAAGCGGAAAGGAAAGUCUUACUGGAUCUUGUUCGACAGGAGGCUCCUGCUUUACUUCACCCUGGUGCUGUCAAACGUAUACGGCCUGGUACUUGGGACCUCAUAAUGACAAAGUUCAAUGAAUCCACGUCCUGCUCCAGAUCCGUGGCCCAGCUGAAGUCUUGCCUGCAGAACAUCAUGCGUAAAACACUUCAAAAGAAGGCCGGCGCAUGCACCACUCAGCCGUCAUAUCGCAAGAUCAACUUCUUAAUUUUCGAGAAGAAUUUGAUUCUCAACCUGGGAAAGCAGCGACCGGUUGUCUUCUCCAAGCUGAAAGAUGGAAAGACACAGGCACUGAAAAGAAAGGCAUGGACUGAGAUAAUGUGGGCAUUUAACAAAACCCCUGGCAUCAAGACUCAGCGCACUGCAAGGGAGAUUAAGAACUGCAUGGUCAACAUGACAAACAGAAACAAAGAGGUUGAUGAAUUCCUCAAGUCUCAAAUGCCAGGAUAUGCAAAGCAAACUAGUGUCGCUGAGCAGCCACACUUGGAAGGAACUGUAGUCCUGGCGGGUGUUCCACAUCCUGUAACUAACGUUCACGGGAAUAGUGUUGCACAGAGCCCGAUGCAGUCACCCACUGAUGGCACCAUGCAAUCAUCAGGCACAAAGUCUCACAAGAAUUCUCAACAAGGCCAGAGGAAUAAUCAAGUGGCCAAACAUAGAUUCCUCUUGCCCAAGCCUCCAGGUCUACCACCAUCAACUUUCGCAAAUCAGUCAACACCUGAUCUGAUGGGUACUGUUUCCCAAAGCAUGCAAAUGUCCCUACCACAGAAUAACAUCCCAAAUCCUGCAAAACCGGUUCGAACAUUAUCUGUUCCGCAAGUAUCUAUGACUUCAACACAGCUAUCUCCAUCUGUAUCAACUCUUCCAGCUCAACCUUCCCAGAUGCCCAUGCCUCACAUGAUGCAGGCGGGUCCAGCCAUACAGGUGCAGUCAUCAACAGGACAGCCUGUAGUUUCAGUCCAUACAUCUCAUGCACAACCUUUGCCGUCCAUGCCUUUACCUCCACCGCAAGAUUCUGUCCUCACAUCAUCAGGUUGGAUCCCUGACAAUCCAUCACCGCAUCAUCAAACUCCCUCUACUAGUAAACUCACAGGAGACAAUGGUGAUGACUGUGUCAUUGAGAUCAAAGAGGAGAGUAGUUCUGAACCGGAAGAAGUCUUCGGGCUUGAGGGCGAGUCAUCCACAAUGGAGGUCCACCAAUCCCCAAUAGACAUAUCACCAAGAUAUGGAGAUCAACUCUUGAAUCCAGGUGUGAACCAAGUCAAAAAGGCGUCACCUGCCCAGUCUACACUGCCCCAACGAGCAGAGCCUUCCAGCGAUAAGGAUGGUCUGAGGAAUGUGCAGAUCACUGUCCACAGAGAUCAGGGAGGUCACCAAAACCCCAUGGAGCAGAACCAAGGAACCAGUAACAUCGCUUCGUCAAGUUUUACAUCCGCACUCCCGUGUGAGGAGACUCCGAACUCUUCUGGCUAUCUCAUCCAGAGUAGCUCCCAGUUUCUUUCUCAAAACCAACUCUUCUCCCACGAUUCAAGCUGCUCGACAAAUGGACUAACGACUGAUCUCUCGACUGAGAUGCAGGACAGUGGCAUCCGCCUGUUGGAACCCAAAAAAGAUGGAGAGAGUUUUCGGAGAUCCCGGCUCAAGAGGAGGAAAGAAAGUGUCGGCACUUUAAGGAAGCGUCUCUUGCAGCAAGAACAUGAUCUUCGGGUGCAAAUGAUGAGAGAGGAGCAUGCAUGGAUGUUGGAAGAACACGUGUGGAAGCGAGAGGAACACGAGCUACGUAUGAAUAUGAUUAGGAUCAACUCAAAGUUUUAAAAAGGAAAAGAUAAAUAGGAAUCUUUUGUUGCUUGAAACAUUGAAAAUCCACUAUUUUUUUAAAUGUUUAUUUUAUUGUGUUCGAAUUUCUGACAUCCAUCUGUCCGAAUUCAUCCAGGAAGACGCCAUUGGAGUCAAAAGAAAAGAGAUAUUUCUUGACUUGGUCCUUAAAGACCCUUAAUCAAGUAUCAACAAUUUGUUUUUUAUUUUUAUAAGUAAAAAUUAAUAAUAUUGCCCAAUUUUAUGUCACAUCAAUUCAAUAUUACUUCCAGUAGAUGAAGUCUCAUGUAAACUGCCAUGCCCAUGACAAAUGUGUUGGACAGUUUUAUCAUUUCUGGUAUUAGAAUAAGGCACAAUGGGCAUCAUGGUUUACGCAUGCGAGUGUUCCCGAGGUUUUGUCAUGCCAAUAAAAGUGGACGUAAAAAAAAUUCUCAUUUAUGAAGAUAUGUCUCCCAUGAGUUCAAUUACCUGAAAACAAAUCAUGUGCUCUGAGACUGAUGAAAUUAUAUUACAUUAAACUUCGCAGUUGAUCCAGAUCAAAUUUUCCCCAAUGGAUUUGCAAGAGGAGAUCUGAAGUACAUUUUGUCUCGCCUGAACAAAGUUCUGCAGAGACCUUGUACCGGUAAUCACUUUUUCUGUUGUCUGUUGGUCUGUAAUUGUCUCGCCUGAAUGAAUUUUGGGAGACCUAGCAAUCACUGUUCCUCUUGGUCUGUUACAAAAAUGUUAAAGUACAAGUCCUCCCUAACAAACAGUUGAUUUGAAUAAAAGGAGAAAAAUCCAACAUGCAUGACAUUGAAAAUUGCAUCAAAAUUGGAUGUAAAAUAAGUUAUGACAUCUCAAAGUUUCACUUAAUUUCACAAAGCACUUACAUGCGUAUCCUUGUUGGAAUGCAAAUGAGCAGACUCAUUACCUACUCACUAUUUCUUUUGUAUUUUAUCAUAUGAAAAAU